AUGAACCAAACAAAUGUUGACACGCAACCAGCAAAGCAGAAAGCACCUUCACGCGAUAAUUUGGCAAACAUCGCUAAUAUCUCUGAAGAGAGGCACAUAAAUCACAACACACAGGAUAUAUCUGAAGAGAGGCAAAUAACUCACAACACACAUGAUAUCUCUGAAGAGAGGCACAUAACUCACAACACGCCGGAUAACUCUGAAGAGAGGCACAUAACUCACAACACGCCGGAUAACUCUGAAGAGAGGCACAUAACUCACAACACACCGGAUAACACUAAAGAAAGGCACAUAACUCACAACACACCGGAUACCUCUGAAGAGAGGCACAUAACUCACAACACGCCGGAUAACUCUGAAGAUGAGCACAGAACUCACAACACGCCGGAUAACUCUGAAGAGGAGCACAGAACUCACAACACGCCGGAUAACUCUAAAGAGGAGCACAGAACUCACAACACGCCGGAUAACUCUGAAGAGGAGCACAUAACUCACAACACACCGGAUAACUCUAAAGAGGAGCACAGAACUCACAACACGCCGGAUAACUCUAAAGAGGAGCACAGAACUCACAACACGCCGGAUCACUCUGAAGAGGAAACUCACAACACGCCGGAUAACUGUGAAGAGGAGCACAGAACUCACAACACGCCGGAUCACUCUGAAGAGGAGUACAUAACUCACAAAACGCCGGAUCACUCUAAAGAGGAGCACAGAACUCACAACACGCCGGAUGACUCUGAAGAGGAGCACAGAACUCACAACACGCCGAAUAACUCUGAAGAGGAGCACAGAACUCACAACAGGCCGGAUAACUCUGAAGAGGAGCACAGAACUCACAACACGCAGGAUAACUCUAAAGAGGAGCACAUAACUCACAACACGCCGGAUAACUCUAAAGAGGAGCACAGAACUCACAACACGCCGGAUAACUCUGAAGAGGAGCACAGAACCCACAACACGCCGGAUAACUCUGAAGAAGAGCACAGAACUCACAACAAACCGGAUAACAUUGAACUCAUAACAGGAACAGUAUAA